ACACGUCCACAAUACAAUAAACAACCAUGUCCAAGAAGAAGUUCAUCCGUCGUCAGCUGUUUAUAUCCAAAAUCCAAUCAUUCCCCUUUGACUUAUACUUGUAUGUCAACGAAGUAAUCACGUCCAUAGACUGGAACAGUGUUGAGUCUAUACAUAUAGCAAACACCUUGGGUAUAUCGUUAACCCUACUCGAUCUAGCUAUCGUGUCUUUGCUAAACUACUAUAACUCCAUCAACAGCAAAUCAAAUAACUUGCUAUUCAAGUCAAACUAUUACGAUUACCAGUAUUUGAAAAAACAUCUCAGUACCAGCCCCAAGUUUACACACUAUGACGUCACCGCUUCGUUCACAUGGGUGUUGUCAUUGCUAUCUAAUGCCAUUACCGUCGCUAGCAUUGCCAAUUUCAUCUUGUUGAUCAAAUCAUCCAGAAAGUACGGAUUGUUGUAUUUGACAGAAAAUAACAAGUCAACGACAGUCUACAAAACAAGCACCACGGAUUGGCUCGGGUUUCUUGAUUCAUUGUUUGUCAAGUUGUUCGGUAAGGAAGAAGAUGUAACGCAAAGCUCUAUCGAUCAGACCCAUGAUACCACUGUUGUCGAAGAAGACACGUACUAUAUGAACACUUGGGAUCCUAACAAGUUCACGUUACAUUUAUUUAUUACCUUGAAUCCGUUGAAUAUAUUCAUUAUACACAUAUCUUCGUUAUUGAUCUCGUUAGCAGUAAUGGUGAUACAAGUUACUAUGUCCUGGUUAAUCAUCUCGAAAUUCAAUCAGUUGAUCAUUGAUAAACAAAUCAUUUAUCAAGAAAUGUUUAAAGAGUACAAUAAUAAGUUUGUCAACCCAAAGUUGAACAUUUUAAAGAAAGACGUGGCUAUUGAUGCUACAAAGGGACCCUAUGAUACCACAGUAUUAACCGAUAAACAGCCAUACUUGCUAUCCAAGACUAAAAAGUUUGUCACUCAUGAUGCAAGAGGAAAGGAAGUGGUGGAAUACGGAAAUGUGGAUGUGCCCAAGUUUACAAUUAUUGACCAGUCCACCCUUGCUUCAUUCACUACUCAUGACCAUGAUGAUUUGAACUUUGAGGAACGUGGAGAAGAACCAUGGUAUACUUCGUCAACGCCAUAUCAACCAAAUCUGCAGAAAAUAUCCCAAUCGACACCAAACAGGUUGAUAUCCCCACAAAGGUUAAAUAUGAGUAAUCGUCCUGUGCUAGGGUAUAACAGCGAGUCUAGUCGACGUAAUAGCUUCACAUCGCCUUCACCGGUACGGAUGGGGGUUAGAUCAGGUACGAUAUCUCCAAGAAGAUCUCCAUUUAGAUCUCCAAGUCCCCAGAGGUAUGACAGAUAUGACCCUGCGUAUGAUCGUUACUAUUAUGAUAAUCUAUAGUUGUACAGUUCAAUAUAUAUGUAUAUAUGUAAUUUAUGACCUAUAAAUCAU